AGGAGGUCCCAAGAAAAAAACCCUCCAAGUCGAAGGAAGGCGGAGUACUGGGAAUGGCGAAGAAGAACAAGAAGCAGACAACGGACACCGAGGUAGAAGCAGAGCUGAACGGCAACAAUGACGACAACGAUGAUUCUCGUAAUAAGAAGAAGCUUAAGAAAAAUAAGAAGAGGAAGAAAAUACCCACUGUUAGCAUGGCCGUGCCUGCUUCCAUCAUUGACAACGUUCCAACUCUCGAGCUCGCUACGCGGUUGGCUGGUCAAAUCGCUCGUGCCGCAACCAUUUUCCGAAUCAACGAGGUGGUUGUGUUUGACAAUAAAAGUAACCUAGAGAAUGAUUCCGUGCUGGAUAAUUUGGAUGAUGAAAGUGGUGCAGCUUUUCUGAUGCGAAUCCUGCAGUACCUUGAGACACCUCAGUAUUUGAGGAAGGCUCUCUUUCCAAUGCAUAACAGCCUAAGAUUUGUGGGCCUGUUGCCACCCCUUGAUGCUCCACACCAUUUGCGCAAACACGAGUGGGGUCCGUAUCGAGAAGGUGUUACAGUAAAAGAAAGAGACUCAAACUCUGGGGCAACACUAGUUGAUGUUGGGCUAGUGAAGAAUGUUAUUGUUGACGAAAUAUUUGAACCAGGAAGAAGAGUAACUGUUGCCAUGGGUACCAAUCGCAAUUUGGAUUCUGAUUUACCACGCCAGGUUGUCUCAUCAUCUAAGCCUAGUGAAGAAGGGGCGUAUUGGGGAUAUCAAGUACGAUAUGCACAUAAUAUUAGCUCAGUAUUUAAGGAUUGUGCAUACAAGCAGGGUGGUUAUGAUUUUAUAAUUGGUACCUCUGAGCAUGGUCAGAUUAUUAAGUCAUCUGAUCUUGAAAUACCUUCUUUCAGACAUUUGUUGAUUGCCUUUGGUGGAUUGGCUGGAUUGGAAGAAAGUAUUGAAGAAGAUGAUAACUUAAAGGGAAAAAAUGCACAGGAUAUAUUCAAUUUAUAUUUAAAUACGUGUCCACAUCAGGGGAGCAGAACAAUUCGAACAGAGGAAGCUAUUUUUAUCUCUCUUCAGUACUUCCAAGAACCAAUCAGCCGAGUACUGGAGGGUUGAAUAUUGUUGAAGUCUAAAAUUUCAUAUUGCUAAGGCAUUGAUUAUCCAAAUUGUGGCUGAAACUGAGACAAAGAGGGAAUAGUUGAAAACCUAAAUUAGAAAUUGUGUCUCUGCCUCCUCCCAAACUGGCCAUUAUGCGCUGGAAUUUUCCUACUGAAUGUUUUGGAAGUUGUAACACUAUUUAUUGUUUGCCUGGGUUGUAACCAAAUAGAAGUGUUUCAUCUAUACAUGUAACUGAUAAAUGGAAGUGUUAA